UAGGCAAUUUUGCUUGUUUCAUCCAAUUUUCAUCUAAAAUCAUUCAAAGCACAAUCAGGGAAUCAUCGAAGUCAUAAAGCCCCACCCAGCGCACUCCUCUUGCGCUCCUUUUUUCGCGAUUCUGCGCUGUGACUUUUGUCUAUGCAAGAUCCCGAUCCACCGCUUCCUCAGCAGCACUUUCAUUUGGUAGAAUCAUCCGAACCACUCCACUUGCCAUCGCCCAACGACGAGCCACCGCCAGUUGCACCGAAAAUCACCAUUAAGCUCCCUCCAAUGAAUCUGCGUCGUUCAACCAGAAACGGUGGAUCCUCCCAAUCCAGUUCAGAGUACCUCGCAAGUGAGAAGUCCAUGAUGGAUGAGGAUGACCACCCACCAGUCUCGGCGGAUUCACCAGAGUCUCCUCCCCCUGCUACCUUCGUCAAGUCCCAGAGAGGUCGCACAGUCAAGCUAACCAAAUAUAACGAGUCGAGCGACGACGAUGUCAACAAGAUAUUUCGAGAUGAUGACGAUGUCGAACUCGUCGAUUCACAUAUUGACGCGAUGGAUGGUGAUGACGAAGAUGAUGAUCAACCACGUCGAAAAACGCGCUCUUCUAGUAAACGAAGUUCCAUCACUAAUGAUGACAUAACAAGCAAUCGUCGUGUCCUUCGCAAUAGGAACAAGAACCCCCCACCUCCCCCUACGACUUCUAGUGGACGCGUUACUCGUCAACCCAAGCGCUAUGACCCCCAUAAUAACCCUGCCAAGAGAUUGACGCGUGCACAGAGUAAAGCUGCUGCCGAAAUGGACGAUGGCUACAUCGACGAGCCAUCGGACGGCUCCGCUGAUGCGGAUGGCUCUCUUGAUGAUGCACCACGCACAUCCUCAGAUAACGACCUCGAUGCCGAAGGCGAGGUGGAUUUGGAUGGCGAGGUAGAGCAUGAGCAUCAGGGAUUGCAGCCGAAUGGUCGGCCGUACUCACUACGACAGCGUGCCAGAAUCAACUAUGCCAUUCCACCAGCGCUGGAGGAGAUGAAACAAGCCAAACCGCGUCAGGCUGGUGGCCGAGGUGGUGGUAAUCGAAAGCGUGGUCCAGGAUGGAGUGCUUCUGGUGCUGAAUUGAGCAGGUGGAUGGGUAUGGCCCCAGCAGAUGAUUCGGAUUCCGACUUUCCAACUCGAACACCCCGUAAACCUUUUGGAGGUGCCGGGGUUUUUGGUGCCGGAGGCCCUAUUUCCGCAGGUGGCGCCGGUCUACUACCAGGCGACCUUGCUGCUGCUGCUGGCACCCCUUCAAACCUGGGUAAAAUUGGUGAUGCAGCAUUGGCUGACGCAGACCCAUUGGGAGUGAAUACCAAUGUCACCUUCGAUGAAGUCGGUGGCUUGGAUGAUCACAUCCAUUCUUUGAAGGAAAUGACUAUCCUCCCACUAUUGUAUCCAGAAGUCUUUCAGCAAUUCAAUCUAACACCUCCUCGUGGAGUGCUAUUCCACGGUCCUCCUGGUACAGGAAAAACGCUCCUUGCCCGUGCUCUUGCCGCGAGCUGUCGGGCUAAUGGCAAGGGAGUCUCCUUCUUCAUGCGCAAGGGCGCCGACUGCCUGUCGAAAUGGGUCGGUGAGGCUGAACGCCAACUUCGUCUUCUGUUCGAGGAAGCACGUAACUGCCAACCGAGUAUCAUCUUCUUUGAUGAAAUUGAUGGAUUGGCACCCGUCCGGUCAUCGAAGCAGGAUCAGAUACAUGCUUCGAUCGUUUCAACGCUUCUUGCGCUGAUGGACGGUAUGGAUGGACGAGGUCAGGUGAUAGUCAUAGGCGCCACCAACCGUCCAGAUGCCAUCGACCCUGCGCUACGAAGACCUGGUCGAUUUGACAGGGAAUUUUACUUUCCCCUUCCAUCUCUCGAGGCUCGUGAACGUAUUUUGACGAUCAUGACCAAGGACUGGGAGGGCUGGCAGGGUGAGGAAGGUGCUGAGAAUAUCAAGGGACUUGCAAAGUUCACGAAGGGCUACGGUGGUGCUGAUCUUCGGGCUUUGUGCACGGAGGCAGCCUUGAAUGCUAUUCAACGGCGAUAUCCUCAAAUAUACCAGUCCAGUGACCGACUUCUCCUCAAGCCUGAGACUAUCGGCGUCACAUUCAGAGACUUCAUGAUCUCCAUCAAAAAGCUCGUCCCAUCAUCUGCACGCUCAUCGUCCUCAUCCGCAUCACCUCUCCCGACCCAGCUUGUUCCUUUGCUUUCGGAUACCUUAGAAAAGGUGAAAGAUGCUAUCAACAGGGUACUUCCUGUUAGCAAGAAGCGCACUGCUUUGGAAGAAGCUAUGUGGGAAGAUGAUAGUGAGGCAAAUGCCCUCGAUAGGGAACUAUUCAUCCAAUCGAUGGAGACCUUACGGGUCUAUCGACCACGACUUGUGCUCCAUGGGUCUGCUGGUAUGGGACAAGGCUAUUUAGGAGCCGCCGCCCUCCAUCAUUUGGAGGGAUAUCAUGUUCAAACUCUCGAUCUGGGGACACUUAUGGGUGAUUCAACACGGACUGUGGAAGCCGCUGUAGUUCAACUAUUUGUCGAGGCUAAAAGACACCAGCCCUCGGUUAUCUACCUUCCUUCUCUCGAUGGGUGGUCAGCAGCAGUUUCCGAGACUGCACGAUCCACUGUCAGGUCCAUGCUUGAUUCGCUUGCACCUACGGACCCCGUCCUCGUACUUGCCAUUGUAGACGGUCCAUUUUCCUCACUACCCCGUGACGUCCGUUCGUGGUUUGGUAUGACCCGCGAGAAUCGCCUCACACUACCGAGUCCCACCGAAGCCCAGCGAGAAGCGUUCUUCUCGAGUAUCAUCGCGGACAUCCGUCGACCGCCGAAUCAGUUCGCAGAUGGCAUCAAACGACGAAAACGAAUUCUUGAGGAGUUACCGAUUGCGCCUCCGCUUGAGCCCCGUCAACCGACGGCUGCUGAACUUGCCAUUCAGGAAGAGAAUGACCAGCGUGUCAUCACGCUACUGAAGUACCGACUCGGCCCUAUACUGACGGAGCUGAAACGCAAGUUCAAACGAUUUACCAAGAAAGCUAGGGAGGAGUAUGACUUCGAUCCAAUUCCUGUGGUCAAUGAAGUGGAAAUCGUUGCUACCACUACCACCAUAGCCAUACAAGGCGAAAACGAUGUAAUCGACAUUUGUGAGCAGGUCACCCAGGAGCAGCCAAACGGCAUCAUCAACGGCAUCCAUCCUGAUCCUCAGCCAAUCGAACAUCCAGAGCCAGAGCUACAACCUCAACCACAACCGCUGCCACAGGAACCACAACUAUUCGACAUGGACCUCGAGAGGAUGCACGUUGACUUGUACAAGGGCAAGUACCUCACUCCGCACGAUUUCCUAGAGGACAUCAACAAGAUUGUUUUCAACGCCGCGGCCCGUGUGUAUCAGGAUCCUAAUGGUGACCGGCUGUUUAAAGCACAAGCUAUGUUGACCGCAGCCGAAGUCAGCAUCCAAGACUUCGAUCAUCAGUUCAAGCAUGAGUGUCAACGGAUGGCUGAGCGGGAGCGGAAAAGAAGGGAGGAACACAAGAAGGCGAAAGGGAAGGGCCGGGCCGGAGAAGACGCUCAGAACGGCGCGGCAGCGCCUCGCAGGAGUGCUCGCCACAACGGCCAGCAACUUGAGAUCACUAUCACGGAUCCGUUACAAUUAGAGAGGCGUCUGAAAAGGGCACGUUCGGAUGAGCGUCACAGCGGUUCUCCUGAAUCAGGUGACGAUAAGGUAGAAGAACCCAGCACCCCUCGGAACUCGAAACGUCAGCGGACGAUAAUGAGCGAUGAUGAUCACGACCCGAUGGACAUCAUCGGUGCAUCUCGCGCUCAGAAUAGAGCUUCGGCUGUGCGCUUUGCAAAUGACGUUCAGCCGCCGCAUCCUGAUAGUGACACGUUGCCCGUUUAUGGUGCACCUACUGUACCUGCUGUCGAUGGUCUGCCAAGCUCAAAUGCGAUGGCCGUCGACUCUCCUUCCCCGCGCAAACCGCCUGGCUUUGACCCUAUGCUCUUAAACCCGAUGUCCCCUGACAUGGGGUUCCCAGCAACUUCGAUAUCACACAUCCUAAAUGGUGCAGGACCAUCUACAGUGCCCAUGCAAGAUGGAGUGCCCGCGCAAGAUGGAUAUACUCCUCCUCUUCCCUUGUUGUCCCCAUCAAUGGGAGUCGCGCUUUUAAAUCCAUUACUACCGCCUCCCCGCACACCCUCUCCACCAGCCACUCGAUCAUUUACUCCCACUGCUGAUGUUGUGCAAGAGCAACCCAUGGUGGUCGUACCCCCAGUCGAAAUAGAAAGACCUCCUACUCCUUUGCCAGACUUCCACGUCGACGAACAUCUGCUUUCGACUCUUCAAUACGACCUAUGUUCCAGAACCGCGCAGCUUUCCGUCGAGCUUCUCGAACAGCUUCGUGCAGCAGUGCUCGGGUGCAUCUGGAGACAUCGUACUGACUGGGAUCGUGACGAGCUCAUAAAAGAGAUGAAAGACACUCUCAAGGAAUUUUUGGAUGACUUUGCUGCUGGGGGCGAUGAUCCUGACUCGCCUUGAGGCAUGGAGUGUGUUAAUUUGGGUCCUGGGGUCGAUUUGAUAUGAUAGAUUAUUGUUUUUAUUUCGCAGUUUUAUGUAUCUUAUCAUCGUUAGUACUUGUAGUUUUUGCAAUCCCUCUUGCGUGGAAUCGAUUUUACGGUACGCCGUCAACUACGAAGUUCUUGCUAAUCCCGC